AAGGGACAGGAACCCAAGGCGGGGCCUUGGCGGUCCUGAGGGGGAGGAGCCACGCUGUUUCCUAGGUGACGGAGCGGCGGCGUCGGUGGUGGAUUGAGCGGGUCUGAACGAGCUUCCCAGAGGGCUGCGCGCGCUCGGCGGUCGGCGCUGUCAUGGCGAGCUUGCUGAAGAAGACUACCGGCCUUGUGGGAUUGGCUGUGAGCGAGACUCCGCACGAGAGGUUAAAACUGUUGUACACAAAGAUUCUUGAUGUUCUUGAGCAAAUCCCUAGAAAUGCAGCAUAUAGAAAAUACACAGAAGAGAUUACAAAUGAGAGGCUGGAUAUGGUUAAAGCGGAACCAGAUGUUAAAAAAUUAGAAGACAGGCUUCAGGGUGGCCAAAUAGAAGAGGUGAUUCGUCAGGCUGAAAAUGAACUAAGUCUGGCAAGAAAAAUGAUACAGUGGAAGCCAUGGGAGCCUUUAGUGGAUGAGCCUCCUGCCAACCAAUGGAAAUGGCCAAUAUAAUCAUCAUCAAAUGACUUGUGUGUUGAAGGGAAAAUGAUGUAAUUAAAUGUUCUGUUAUAUCAAAAAUGUUUCCAUAUUAUUGACAUCUUAGAAUCAAAAAAACUGAUAAUGCAGAACGUUUUUAGGAGACUUGUAAAAAUUGAUGAUUAUAGUAAUAGGGACUUGUGAAUCAAUUUUUGUUAAAGCAUUCCAAUUGUCCUAUAUAAUAAAACCCUAAUAUGCAAAUCAACCAAACAGCGGAACGACUGGUCACUAUGACGUACACUGACCACCAGGGGGCAGAUGCUCAAUGCAGGAGCUGCCCCCUGGUGGUCAGUGCGCUCCCACAGAGGGAGCUCUGCUCAGCCACAGGCUGAGGGCUGCGAGUGCAGCGGAGGUGGUGGGAGCCUCUCCCGCCUCCUCAGCAGUGCUAAGGAUGUCCGACUGCGGCUUAGGCCCGCUCUUCGUGGGGAGCAGGCCUAAGCUGUCAGUCGGACAUCCCCAGAGGGCUCCCGGGCUGCCAGAGGGAUGUCUGACUGCCAGCUUAGACCUGAUUCCUCGGGGAGCAGGCCUAAGACGGCAGUCAGACAUCCCUUGAGGGGUCCUGGACCACGAGAGGAUGGCCAAGCUGAGAAAUCCCCCCGCCCCUGUGCACGAAAUUUUGUGCACCGGGCCUCUAGUUUCAAAGAUAAUAUAUUUUAAAAUAGAGGUUCUAGGAAGAUUUGAAAGUUAAUUGGAAAAAUUCUUUUAUGUUUUGAAACCAGAAAGGAAGUAUUGCUUAAACAAAUGUAUAGGUCACUGAAGUGAAGUAGCAAGAGUAAAAUCCAUUAAAUUAGAAUUCAUUGUACAGUUGAGGAAAUUGAUUUGUAUUUGAAAGAAAGAUUUAUUUACAGUGGUAAUUGGAAAACUUUUUUGUGGGUCUCAUUUAAGGGAGUUAGGUUUCUGGUCCUUAACCAAAGUACAUCAGAAUAGAGAAUUUCUGUAAAAGAAGAGAUAUUAAGAGAGGUCAGUGGGGAAGAAAAAAAAAAGACAUAUGUACUACUAUUUGUAAUACCUUAAACAAUAAAAUAAAUAAAUAAAUGUUUCUAAAGUU